GAGCUAAACAAAGAACUGUAAAAUUAAAGGCACAAAACAUUUAUACUUUAUUAUAUAGUUCCUUUAAACGACACACCCUUUCCACAUAAACGACACACAACGUUUAUAUACCCUGUUCCCAAACCUUUCCUGCCCAAAAUUUUCUCUCUUUUUCUCAAAUCAGUUCUGGGAUUUACAUACCCAUGAAGCAUAAUGCAUAGCUCAGUGGCCAUUAGUCCCGAAGGAUUAAUCAGACAAUCAAACUCGCCCAGUUGAAGCUGAUUCAGGCAAACUCGGUGAGUGAGUCAAUUAUGUUUGCUUUUCUCUCUUCAAGACAGCUACUUUUUAUCACACAUAGGAAUAGGAGGACCCAAUUUCAAUUGGGUCUUCUUCAGAAAACUGCUUUCUUUAGCAUCAAAUCAUUUUCUUCAUUCGGUUUAUCUAAACCAAAACAACAAAAUGAAGCUCAAAGACAUUCUUUUACAGUGUGUUAUCUCAUAAACUCAUGUGGGUUCUCACCAAAAUCUGCUCUUUUAGCAUCCCAUAAUGUACACUUUGAAAACCCGGAUAAACCAGAUUCAGUGCUUAAUCUUCUCAAGCAUAAUGGAUUCAACGAUACCCACAUCACAAAACUUAUCAGGCAAUUCCCACGGCUUCUUUUAUAUAAUCCUAAGAAUACCCUUUUGCCCAAAAUUAAGUUUUUCCGUUCAAUAGGGAUUUCAACCUCUGACCUCCCUAGAAUCCUCAGUACAAGCCCUGAACUACUGAAAAGGAGUUUGAAGAACCAUCUUAUUCCUUGCUAUGAUGUCCUCAAGAGUUUGCUUGUUGAGAAUGAGAAGGUCAUUAAAACUUUGAGGCGCUCGCAUUUGUCUUUACAAUACAUAACUAUCAGUAUUGUUCCAAAUGUUGAACUUCUGAGAGAAGUUGGAGUACCUCAAUCCAACAUCUCUUACUUGGUGACUACUUGUCCCUUUGUAGCAACCAUCCAACGUAGUAAGUUAGUGAAAGCUAUCCAGGAGGUUAAGGAAAUGGGUAUUGAUCCUUCUAAAAUUGUGUUUGUGCAAGCAAUCAUUGUGGUUUUGACAUCAAAAAGACCAAUGUGGGAAUAUAAAUUUGAGAUUUUCAAGAGGUGGGGUUGGUCUAAGGAGGAUACUCUCCUAGCAUUUAAAAAGGAUCCAAAUUUUAUGCAAUUGUCAGAGAAGAAUAUCAUGAAAACAAUGAAUUUCCUUGUGAAUAAAUUGGGACGGCCAUCAACAGAUAUUGCUAGAAAUCCUGUGGUUCUGCAUUUAAGCUUGGAGAAGAGGAUUAUCCCUAGGUGUUCAGUAAUUCAAAUUUUGGUAGCCAAUCAUUUGGUCAAGGAUGAUUUAAGCUUUUCAUCUUUCUUAUUAGUGAAUGAGAAGUUGUUUUUGGAGAAGUAUGUGAGCAAAUUUCAGUACAUUGCUCCUCAAUUGUUGAGUUUGUAUCAAAAUAAGAUGGAUCUUCUGGAUGUAGAAAUUCAAUUUGAGAAGGUAGGUGAGACUAAACAGUUGUAACAUUUUUUUUUUCAAUAUAAUGUUAUAACAUUUUGUUUUCAAUAUAAUGUUAUAACAUUUUGUUUUUACUAUAAUGUUAUUCUUGAUGUUGAUGAUCAUGGUUGCUCGUUUUUGUAUUUAUUAGAUAUUGGAUUUGCAUUAACCCAUAGUAUUUUUUACAUAUCUAGGCACUUUCCAAAACGACAACCUGAAUUAUUAUGCUUUUGCACGUGUUGACAAAUUUUCAAACAAAAGUCAGCAACUCACAUGUGUUACUACUUGUGUACAGAGAAAAGGACCCUAGAAUUAGGAGUCUUCUGAUUAGAUGGGACAUUAGUAACUUAGAUGGCUUUGGAUUAGCUUCCAACUUUGUUAAAUGCUUAAUUUGUUUUGUACUAUUUACUCAAGGCUGUACCAUAUGCAUUCACCUAGCAAUGUCAUCUAAUUUUCCUACGUCACAUCUAUUGCAAGAUUUCAAAUAAAUGGAGUCUUUUGACAAUUUUGUUCUCUUAACAAUUCACUCACUUACUCUAAAGCAGAUAGAGCUAAAAGCCUAAAAGUAGCAUUCUCAAAUUGGGAACUCAUGGAUCUGGCUUCUAUUUUUCCUUUAUAAUUAAAAAUGCAACUUUAGUUUAUGUGACCCAAAACUCUAUUGUCAAAAUUUACUAUGUUUGGUACAUCUUUAAGCAUGUUGAUUUGCAUUAUCAAUGUUUAUGGCUGUGAAUUGUGUGGAUGUUCAGUAUUUUAAGUUUUCUAGUGUGAUCAUAGACUCAUCUGUCGUAGGUAUACUUCAUUACCACUGUCUAGUCUUGAAUAACUUAAUUGUAUGUACUAUCCUUUGAGUUUUGUAUAAUUUUUUGUUUAGCAUGCUUUGGUGCUGACUUGUCAAGUGUUGUCAGUUAGACUUAGAGGCAAAUCAAAUUUUUCUUACCUUAAUAUUUUCAAAAAUGCACUAACAGUCUUAAGUUGAAUAUAUUUUUUUGAUGAUGGUUGAAAACACUUACAUGCUACAUGCUACAUAUGCUGCCCCCACAGUUCCAACCCACGCCUUCCCCUUGCUGCCUCAAGCACUUCGUACUUGGGGAGGUACCAACUCACCCAAAUGGUGUGGCGGUUCUUACAUUGAAUAUUUUAAUGUCAUGUAGGCCCUGGACAAUGAGAUUUGAUUUUUAGACAAGUUCCAUUUGCAUUGGGUAAGCAACUUUUGGUUUAAUACUAGAGGGUGGUGAUGUGUUUUUGUGGAUUACGUUUGAAAGAAAAGCUAUAGGGUUGUUGAAUCCAGUUGGGUAUAUAGAGGCAAGAAAAGAAACAAAGGUAAUUUCUACAAACAACAAUGAAAAUUUUUCUAUAAUAUCUGAGUGUGGGUUGGAGACGAUAUAUUGGAGAAUUUGGUUGGGAUUGAAUAUUAAUUGCUUGUUCCUGCUGUGAUAAGCGUUUGGGUGUCAAAGAUUGGAAUGUAGGUAUGAGAUAUAGAAGGGUAACCUGUUAACAGCCAAUAAAGAAUGGGGUUUUUGGAAGCCCAAUUGUGAGUUGAGGGUGAUUGAGCCUUGAGAGAGCAGCUGGUUUGGGAUGGUUGUGUUCAUGGUUUAAUUAAGGAUGGUUCAUAUAUGUAUUUUUGGAUAAGCACUCUAACUAAAAUUUCAUUUUGGUUAACUGGUUAAUAAUCCAAUUUGGAUAAUUUUUUGGACUUGUUAGUUAAGCAUAUUUUAGCUAGACUAGCCGCUUGGCUAUUCCAAUGCUCAGCUCUUAUCUUAUGUAGGUAGACAGGGUGUCAUUUGACUAUUUGAGCUAUGCAGUAUGAAGGUUUACUUUACAUCAGUGUUUAUAGACAUAAGGUUGAUGGAAACGAUGGUGAGUGGGAGCUGGGCUGAGUCAGAUUGUUUCUGAAGGGUUUACCAUGUGAAGUUGGCUCCCAAAGUAGGACCAAGCUCGGAUAUUAAAGGAUGGUGAUUGUUUUUAAUGAAUAGUGCACAGAAUUGGUCUUACCAAGACAGAAUCGAUUUGUUUUACUAAGACUAAUUUCACCCAUGUUUUGUUUUUUAUUUAAUCUUAGAAUCGGUCUCACUAAGACCAAUUGCAACCUUUUUUUAUUGUUCUUUUUUAAAUCUCUCAAUAGAUCUUACUGAGACUGAUUUUAACCAUAUAUAUUUUUGUUUCAAUCUAAAAUCAGUCUCACUAAUAAGAUAUAUUAGCCAUCUUUGUUUAUUUAUUUUAAUCUUGAAAUUUUUUCCGUUAAUACUGAUGUCAACUUCUUCUCCCAAAAAAAAAA